AGGGUGGAGGCGUGUUCUUUGUGUUGUGCAGCCCGAGUUAAUCUGCUGUGGCAUCUACGCAGAGAGGAGCCGUACAUCCGAAAACCAGCACUGCUGUGAGGUGCCCAGCACAACCCUUGCUCAAGUGUGUCCUUAAACAAAAAACAAGGAUUCAUUUCAAAAGUUCUUCUCCUGAGCCUGUGUGGUUCAUCUUGGAAGACUCGAGGAGCUUUUUGCUUUGGGCUGUAGUAAGACUUUUAAAAGUGCAUGUUGGUGGGAAUUAGAAAGGAUGUUUUUCUCAGGUUAUUCUCAAAAUGUUGUUGCACUCUAGCAGGUGUAGCAUGUACAGAUGAAGAGGAGAGCAUCUUUUAGGCUAGAUUUACGUGCAUACCCAGAGGGCUGAAGGUUCUUCAGCUACAAGGAGCUGCAGACAACUACUGUCACGGCUACAGCCUCCUGCUUUUUGCACCUGAAGCUUGGAAAUUCUAGUUUAUGGACCGGAGCUUGACUUUGAAAUGGCUUGAAACUUUCCUGUUGGACUGGAGUUGGAAUCUCAGGAUAUAAGUCCCAGGUGCUUUUGGGAAGACUACCUGAAAUGGAACUAUCUGAAAUGGGUGGCAUUGUAGCCUGCAGGGACCUAGUUCCUCUAAUACCCUGUUGGAAUACCUGUAAGCAAUGAUUAGCUCAAAAGAGGAGGAUUCACUAAAAUUUCUGCAGUAUGUUGAAGACUAUGGACUAAGAGCAUAUAACAGAUUGGUCUCACAGAACAUCACCCACGAGUGGAAUGAGAAAAACUGGAUUAAGUUUCAGGGGAAAAUCGACAAGAAGCAAAAACAGGAAGAAGCCAUUAAAAGGGGGGAAGAGCUGAACACCGAGGGUAAGCACCUGCGAAUGGGCUCCAUGAGCAUGCCGGCCCCUGUGGAACACAUGUCUCCUCACCAGCACCAGCCCCCCUGCAACCCAGGUUUCACUGUUCGCUCUCAGUCCCUGCACUCUGUGGAAGGAGGGGAAGAGGAGGGCAGCCCCACAUCCCGUAAGCAGCCCCCGCCCAAACCCCGGAGGGACCCCAGCACCAAGCUUAGCAUCUCCUCUGAAGCUGUGGACCUCAGUCCCACCGGGAGUAAAGGCAAUGACUCAGAGAGGUGUGACGGAACACAAGGCUGCAUUGAGGACUGCAGGAAAGUUCCCCCACCGAAGCCUAAGAGGAAUCCCAACACGCAACUAAUUGAAAUAAAAGGAAAAGGUCACAGUUCUGAGUACAAACGGGAGCACAAGGAGAGGAGCCAUCACAGCAAAGAAUCCAAGCGGGACAAAGACCGCAGCAGCAAUGGAAAGUCCUUGCAUCGGCGUGACAGCAAAGACAGAGAACCAAAUGGCAUUGAAGCCUUAUUUCGACAUGACAGCAAAGACUGUGGAUACAGUAACACUGAGCCAUUAACCAGAAGUGACAACAAGGACAGGGGAUAUAACUGCCCAGAGCUGCUUCCCCGACAAGAGAGCAAAGAUAGAGGCAGUAGCAGUGAGGCACUGCCUCAACGAGAUAGCAAAGACAGGGGCUGCAAUAAUGCAGAACCUUUUGCCAGACAUGACAGUAAAGACAGAGGUUGUGUUGGUCCAGAGCACUUGCCCAGAGACUGUAAAGAUCUGUUGAGAAAUGGUCCUGACAGCAGACGUAACAGCCGAGAGAAUGUUUGCUAUGGGAUAGACCUUCUUUCCAGACAUGAAAAUAAAGAUCUGGGUAGAACAGGUUUGGAACGUCAACGGGAUAAAGAUGGUGGCAAGCAUGUCAUAGAAUCUGGUAAGGACAAGGAGAAAAGCAACCACAGUGCAGAGAGCAGGAGGGGAAGCAAGGAAAGGAUCACCAAUGGCAAUGAUGUCAUGAGCAGAUGGGACUGCAAAGAUAGGGGAGUACACACAAAUGAGACUUUACCCCGGUAUAAUGAGAAAGAUAAAAGCAAUUAUAGCACAGAAUCACCCAAAGCACAGGACAAAGAUGCAAGGCCUGGAUCUUCAGCCAUGGCAUCAUCCACUCGGUCUGGACGAUCCUCCAUGAUUCCAAAUAUAAUGUUGGGGAAUUCAAACUCUGGAAAUUUCCUUGCAGAACUGAAGACGCUUCCAAAGGUAGGACGGUCUUCUUCCACAACAGUAGCACCAUCUCCAAAAGGCACACCUCAGAGACAGUCAGCUGAUGUCCAACAGAUGCCCCCUAUGCCAUGGUUGUAUAGUGACAGCAACAUGGUGGAGAUGAUCGAGAGGAAACAACGCCUCUGCCGGGAGAUACGGUCUCGAGAACGUCUUCCUGACCGUAGCCCAUGCAAGAAAGAAAGCCUGCCUACAAUGCCAAGCUGGAAAAAAACUAGCGGGGCAAAGAAGCACAGUCCACCCCCCUACCCUACUCAGACUACAGUCUUCUGGGACACGGCCAUUUGACUUUGUGGUCUUGUGAGCAUAUUAGGGUCAUGCUCUGUCGUUAAUUAUCAGGCAGGUUUGAACCCACCAAAAGGAUGAGUGGUGUUACCGUAGCAAUAUUUCAGAGGUUGCAGUUUAUGAGGUUUUCAUAUUAUUGUUGAUAUCUAAUAUUUUUAUACGCAGUGUGAUUCCUUAAUGACUUAGCAUCAAUAGAUAUUUUCUAAAUUAAAUACAUUAUCUUUGCAAAGAUUAUGUAGAGUGUUGCUACCAUGCUUUUCUUUUAUAGCUUUUUUUUUUUUUUACUUCGCAAUACACAAUCAGUACCUUUUCAUCAAGCUUUGACUUGCCUUUCUAUUUUAAGAACUCUGGAAAUUAAGUUUCUGUGGUAUUUUACCACACUGAAUGAAGUAUAUUUUAGCACUGGACAUUAUGGUGAUUGGAUUCGGGCUAGCCUUUCCACACAUUAUUAGAUAAUUUAUUUUAAUGUCUAAUAUU